AUGGAAGACCCCGCCGGAAACUGUCCCUCCGACGACGGUGGUACUGACCACCAGUUGACGUGCCACUUGCAUUGCGACCACUGCUUCAAGGGGUCAAGGUGCGAUCUUGGAGCCGCGGGGGCGAUCGGCAAAACCAAAGUUAUCUGCGCCGUGAUUCACUGCCCGAAUGCGUGCGGGUGCUCUUUUCACCAGUGCAGACUCAAUGAACACCUGUUGCUAUGUUCCCUGGCCAAGGUACGUUGUGUGAACUCGAUAUACGGCUGUCCGUGGUGGCUUCUUCGUGGCCAGCGGGGGACCCAUCUCACCAAGUGCCCCGCUUCGGUCGUGUACUGCAGUUUACAACGAAGCCGAGAGCUGCUGGACAAGAAUGUGAAGAGCUUUACGACAUCUGAUAACGUCGGCUCCGUUUCUUUGACCGAGACUACGCCGAUCGACGUUGCCUUGGCCUUAGACGAUCAGCGGAAGAUUCUGGACUUGUUGAAGGUAAAGAAGUCUAUACGGAAGAAGUACUGCAACCGUUUCAACCUGUUCUAUCCGAUUAUUCCGUUGAACGACGCGUCGCCUAACGAUGGUGAGGAAAAUGCUGGCGAGGAAGAAGACGUAGAGGAAGAGGAGGAAGAGGAUCAGCGCUCCAAGGCUUGCCCGGUUUCCCGGGAAUGUUUCCAGUGUCGAAUGGAUCCAAGCAGCCAGCACUUGCAUACCGUCGGGUCGAUGGACACGACGCCGACAUCUUCAGACCGCAACUAUCGCUUAGUUAAAACUGAGAACCCGGUGCCGUUGCCGAAAUUCUACCAAGGUCUCGGCCUACACGUUGGUCUUAGCUCGGAGUUCUUCUCUUCCUAUAUGCCGAAACCGAGGAACUACUUCACGAUCAUGUGUGACUGUAAGAUGCGCAGGGACGAGGUCGGCCUUCACUACCAAAACGUCCAUCUGAACGUGGUCAACUCGCUGGACGGCUGGAUAGUGGCUAGAUGUCCGAACUUUCUUCUGGGAUGUAAAGUGUUCGCCCUCAGGCUCUCUUUGUCGUCAUCGCCAACCAACCUUCAUGACGUAAUUUCCUUCGAUGCCGCUACGGGUACUUUUCCGAUUCGAACCAUUUCUGAUGACGAUGGACCACCUUUCGAGUGCCUUGACCUUUUGUCUCUCCCCGAUGUCGCAUUGAUUCGUGUUUUUGAUUUUCUCGAUUCUUUCGGUCUCUUUUGUGUGUCUCAGACAUGCCGUCGUCUGCGCAAGCUGUGCCAUACGAUCUUGCCAAAAAGAGGCCUUGUUGAAGUCUUGUGGGUGAAGCAAACGAACAACGGCGUUGUUCACUGGAAGCCGUCCAAAAAGAAGUGGUUCUUUAGCAGAGAAAUUGUCAACCAUUCUUCAUGGACCGUGCAGCCCGUCGAUCGCAUUUUAAAUCACCUCAGACAGUGUCCUUUCACAGAGCUCGUCGAACACCCAUCGAAGGUACCUGUUUUGAGGUUCAGCAAACACAAGUCUUCAGUUUCAUUAUAA